ACUCGUCGCCUAACGGGGCACAAGCUGUGAAAAAAUAGUCGAGUAAACAUCGUACCAGAGAACAAAAGCAAGUUUUUGAACACCAGAAAAAAGUAUAAUUUCAAAAAGUGCAAAACUGGUCAAGGAAUAAAAAUCCUAAAAGUUAAUUAAAGUUUCUAUUUCGUGCGGAACAAGCGAAAAGCCAAGAUGCAAAUUUUCGUGAAGACCCUGACUGGCAAGACCAUCACCCUGGAGGUCGAGCCCUCCGAUACCAUCGAGAAUGUGAAGGCCAAGAUCCAGGACAAGGAGGGCAUCCCCCCAGAUCAGCAGCGUCUGAUCUUCGCCGGCAAGCAGCUGGAGGACGGACGCACCCUGUCCGACUACAACAUCCAGAAGGAGUCGACCCUCCACUUGGUGCUCCGCCUCCGCGGAGGCAUGCAGAUCUUCGUGAAGACCCUGACUGGCAAGACCAUCACCCUGGAGGUCGAGCCCUCCGACACCAUCGAGAAUGUCAAGGCCAAGAUCCAGGACAAGGAGGGCAUCCCCCCAGAUCAGCAGCGUCUGAUCUUCGCCGGCAAGCAGCUGGAGGAUGGACGCACCCUGUCCGACUACAACAUCCAGAAGGAGUCGACCCUCCACUUGGUGCUCCGCCUCCGCGGAGGCAUGCAGAUCUUCGUGAAGACCCUGACUGGCAAGACCAUCACUUUGGAGGUCGAGCCCUCCGACACCAUUGAGAAUGUGAAGGCCAAGAUCCAGGACAAGGAGGGCAUCCCUCCAGAUCAGCAGCGUCUGAUCUUCGCCGGCAAGCAGCUGGAGGACGGACGCACCCUGUCCGACUACAACAUCCAGAAGGAGUCGACCCUCCACUUGGUGCUCCGCCUCCGCGGAGGCAUGCAGAUCUUCGUGAAGACCCUGACUGGCAAAACCAUCACCCUGGAGGUCGAGCCCUCCGACACCAUUGAGAAUGUGAAGGCCAAGAUCCAGGACAAGGAGGGCAUCCCCCCAGAUCAGCAGCGUCUGAUCUUCGCCGGAAAGCAGCUGGAGGACGGACGCACCCUGUCCGACUACAACAUCCAGAAGGAGUCGACCCUCCAUCUGGUGCUCCGCCUCCGCGGAGGCAUGCAGAUCUUCGUGAAGACCCUGACUGGCAAGACCAUCACCCUGGAGGUCGAGCCCUCCGACACCAUUGAGAAUGUGAAGGCCAAGAUCCAGGACAAGGAGGGCAUCCCCCCAGAUCAGCAGCGUCUGAUCUUCGCCGGCAAGCAGCUGGAGGACGGACGCACCCUGUCCGACUACAACAUCCAGAAGGAGUCGACCCUCCACUUGGUGCUCCGCCUCCGCGGAGGCAUGCAGAUCUUCGUGAAGACCCUGACUGGCAAGACCAUCACUUUGGAGGUCGAGCCCUCCGACACCAUUGAGAAUGUGAAGGCCAAGAUCCAGGACAAGGAGGGCAUCCCUCCAGAUCAGCAGCGUCUGAUCUUCGCCGGCAAGCAGCUGGAGGACGGACGCACCCUGUCCGACUACAACAUCCAGAAGGAGUCGACCCUCCACUUGGUGCUCCGCCUCCGCGGAGGCAUGCAGAUCUUCGUGAAGACCCUGACUGGCAAGACCAUCACCCUGGAGGUCGAGCCCUCCGACACCAUUGAGAAUGUGAAGGCCAAGAUCCAGGACAAGGAGGGCAUCCCUCCAGAUCAGCAGCGUCUGAUCUUCGCCGGCAAGCAGCUGGAGGACGGACGCACCCUGUCCGACUACAACAUCCAGAAGGAGUCGACCCUCCACUUGGUGCUCCGCCUCCGCGGAGGCAUGCAGAUCUUCGUGAAGACCCUGACUGGCAAGACCAUCACCCUGGAGGUCGAGCCCUCCGACACCAUCGAGAAUGUCAAGGCCAAGAUCCAGGACAAGGAGGGCAUCCCUCCAGAUCAGCAGCGUCUGAUCUUCGCCGGCAAGCAGCUGGAGGACGGACGCACCCUGUCCGACUACAACAUCCAGAAGGAGUCGACCCUCCACUUGGUGCUCCGCCUCCGCGGAGGCAUGCAGAUCUUCGUGAAGACCCUCACCGGCAAGACCAUCACCCUGGAGGUCGAGCCCUCCGACACCAUUGAGAAUGUGAAGGCCAAGAUCCAGGACAAGGAGGGCAUCCCCCCAGAUCAGCAGCGUCUGAUCUUCGCCGGAAAGCAGCUGGAGGACGGACGCACCCUGUCCGACUACAACAUCCAGAAGGAGUCGACCCUCCACUUGGUGCUCCGUCUGCGUGGAGGCAUGCAGAUCUUCGUGAAGACCCUCACCGGCAAGACCAUCACCCUGGAGGUCGAGCCCUCCGACACCAUUGAGAAUGUGAAGGCCAAGAUCCAGGACAAGGAGGGCAUCCCCCCAGAUCAGCAGCGUCUGAUCUUCGCCGGCAAGCAGCUGGAGGACGGACGCACCCUGUCCGACUACAACAUCCAGAAGGAGUCGACCCUCCACUUGGUACUCCGCCUCCGCGGAGGCAUGCAGAUCUUCGUGAAGACCCUCACCGGCAAGACCAUCACCCUGGAGGUCGAGCCAUCCGACACCAUUGAGAAUGUGAAGGCUAAGAUCCAGGACAAGGAGGGAAUCCCUCCAGAUCAGCAGCGUCUGAUCUUCGCCGGCAAGCAGCUGGAGGACGGACGCACCCUGUCCGACUACAACAUCCAGAAGGAGUCCACUUUGCAUUUGGUUUUGCGUCUGCGCGGCGGCGCUCUCUAGAUUUUUUCACCACAAUAAUCUCCAAAAAUUGAUCUCGCCGAGAAGGCGACACAAGUAUUCACAGUAACGUUUAUUGGCUUCAGAAGAGAAAAAAGCAUACGGCUUAACCGCAAAAUGUAUUAAUAUUCGAUAAUAAAUUUUCAAUUUGUGUGUUCAAGAA